AUGGCUUUCGUGUUUAAGACAUUUACGUUAUUAGCGUUAGGGUCAGCUGUUCUUGGAAACCAAUCACCGGGUGGUUUUUCAUACAACCGAUUCAGUGGUCCAGUUAGUGGGAAAAUAAUCGAGGUCCAAGUCCCUGCGGCGCAAGGCAUUCCGGCGCAGCAGCACGCAGACUACGGAUAUGACCACAGAGCGGGAAAAAUUGACCCGGAGGCAGCGAAAUACGAUCGUUUAAAAACAGUCGAUUAUAAAGCCAAACCUGACUAUCAUUAUGCUUAUGGAGUCCAAGAUCCUCAUAGCGGUAAUCAACAAGAUCAUAAAGAAUAUCGCGACGGGGACGUAGUUCAUGGAGAAUACUCCCUGGUAGAGCCCGACGGUUCUAUACGUCUUGUAAAAUACACAGCUGAUCCCAAAAACGGUUUCCAGGCGACAGUACACAAGAAACCAGGAGGUCAACCGCACGAUCCUCUACAAUAUGCGCAGAAGAAACAAACCAACGACGACUCCGACGAAUAC